GCGACCGCCCACUCCCGGCCCGUCCGCAACGUCUCCUUCCCGCGCUCUCAGUCACAACCCCGCCCCCGGCGCAGGGGAUGCUGGGAGUCGCAGUCCUCCGAGAAGAACUACAAGUCCCACAACCGCGGGGAGGUGCGGGGGUGAAAGGGCAGCGGGAGGCGGCGCCAUUUUGAGAGCGAGCGGUUGCCGGCGCUCCCCUCCCCCGCCCGCCGGGGAUGCGCUGCUGGCGGAGCGGCGGCAGGGACGGGCGGGCGCUUCUGCCUUGAGAUGCUUCAUGCUGAAAGUCAAGUAAGGCUCUUGGAGUGUCAGGAUGAAAUCACAAUUGAGCCAUGUUCUAAAAAAAUGAAGUCAACAGAAGGGGCUUAUGAAAAACUCUCUGAUGAUAACCAGGGUAUUCAAGAGGAAGUGGAUGCAGAGAGAACAUCGAAUGAUUUCAUACCAGCAUAUGCCUCAGAUAAGCAAGGGCAACAUGAAAUGCAGAAGCAAGAGAGAAUACUUGGCGGUAUCUUGGGAACACUGAAUGAAACGGUUCCUGAACAUAAUCGAGUGCUUGGUCAGCCAGUUGAUUCAGAAACUGCACAGAAUGUAAAUCCUCCAUUUGCAUCAAUAAAUGACACUGAAGUUGAAGAAAAGAAAGACACUCUUAUUAUAAAUAAUGCUGAUGAAGAUAAUAUUAGAAAUAGUAGGGCAUCAUUCCUGGUAAAUAAAAAUGGAUCAGAUGAAGAGUUUUUUACAAGCAAAGAAUUUAUUGGACCGAUAUAUAAGCCUCCUGAAAGCAACAAACAAGACAAAUCUGGGGAAGAUCAGAAUGAAUUGCAUGAAAACAGAACUGAAAGUAAGGAUCCAAAGAAGGUGCAGGCUGUUUCUUCUGUUGUACAAGAAAUAGAUGAUGAGCUGGACCAGUUCUAUAAAGAAAUUCACCAGCUGGAAAAUGAAAAUGUAGAUACUAGUUUUCAGGAAAAAGAAACUGAAACUUCUCAGGAACAAUAUUCACCAUAUAACUGUAGUCAAACCUCACAAGAGGAUUAUCAACACAUAUUGUUGGGCAGCCCCCAGCCAUUUCAUGGGAAUGAACAAUGUUUCUCUGGGGAACAGGAAGGUGAGAAGGCAAGCAAUGAGCAGCACUUUGUCAUGGAAACAAGUGACUGGAAAAAUGAAAAUACCUUUCAUGGACAGGUAGAUUCUAAAUAUUGGAACUACUCAGUGCCUGAGUUCAGACCUGCCUGGCAGUCAACAGAGUCUUUCAUAGUAUCUCAGGGACCUCUUGCUCCCAGAUUUAACCAUCAGUCACAUUUUCAGAUACUUAAUUCCCCACCACAAAAGACAAAUGCUCUCCCUUCUCACAAUGGUGAACUUUAUUACAAAAAUUAUCAUGGUUACCGUGGAAAUACUGACAUGAACAGUCAUGGUCUAUUGCUUGAUCAAAGUACCAAAUAUGCUUGUCAUAUUGAUAUCCACACUACUCAGGUCUUCAGACAUGGAAAUAGUGACCAGAAUGGACUCCAAAAUAAUGGUUUCUGUGAAACCCAAGAAGACUGUUGGAAGGAUCCAAAAAUUGAUGAUACAGAAGGCAUGCACAGCUUUUCUUCCUUGCAGUUACCUGAAGAAAGAUUCAGUUGUUCACAGAAAUUGCUCCUAAUCUUGAGAGGCCUACCUGGUUCAGGGAAAUCGACACUUUCUCGUAUUCUACUUGGUCAGAGUCAUGAUGGCGUUAUAUUCAGCACCGAUGAUUAUUUUCGUCAACAAGAUGGAUAUAUGUAUGAUGCUGCUCAGCUUGGUGAUGCCCAUGAGUGGAACCAGAAGAGAGCAAAGCAGGCAAUGGAGGAAGGAAAAUCUCCAGUUAUAAUAGACAACACUAAUACUCAAGCCUGGGAAAUGAAGCCAUAUGUGGAAGUGGCUCUAGAAAAGGGAUAUAAAGUGGAGUUCCAUGAGCCAGAUACUUGGUGGAAGUUUGAUCCUGAAGAAUUAGAAAAGAGGAAUAAGCAUGGGGUCACUCAUGAGAAGAUUGCUCAGAUGUUGGAACGAUAUGAAUAUCAAAUAUCCAUACCUAUUGUCAUGAAUUCAGUGGUACCUCCUCACAAAAACACUCAAAGGACACCUCUGCAGCGAAGACAUAGGGAGGCAAAUUUAAAGAAGAAUCCUGGGCACCUGUUGGCAAAAGCAAAGCAGAGGAAAAAGCGAAAAAGAAACAAAAAAAAGAAAGGCAAUCAUGCAGAUGUUGCGAAGAAAAGGUUAGGCGGAGCAGCUCAUCAUCCAAUUCCAGAUGACCAGGACACAUCAGAAAGCAAAGAGGAUGAUUCAGAAGAAGAAAACAGCAAAUCAUUGUAUACAUUCAGUGAAGGUUCAGAGGAUCCAGUGACAGUUUGUGAAGAGCAGCCUUAUGGUGACAAUGAAAGCCUAAAAGAAGCUGCAGCAGUGUCAAGAGAAAGGUUUCCUGUCACUGCGUCUGAGGUCUCAACUGUGUUGAACAACGCAAUGAAAAAUGAAUUGCCUGUAGAAAGUGCUGGUUUGCUUCCCAUAGAUAUAAAACCUUUUUCUACUGAAAACCUAACCAGAAGUGCCUUCAAUGAUGAGGAAACAAAUCAAAGGCACAAAGAAAACCUUUGCAAAAACAGUUUCCUAAAAAUAAGCAAGAAUGAAAAUUCCAACCAGGAAACAGAAAGCAUCUCCGAAGAUUACAACACACCACUGUUACGCAUGGAAAACAGACUUGGAUCAUAUCAAUUUAUCUGUGAACCUGACAUAGAAGAUAAGCUGAUCGGUUUUAAUGGUGGAAAAAAAGAAAUCUCUGAGUGUUACAAUUCAAACGCACAUGAUAAUGUGCCUGAUAAUAGCAUAGAGGAUAAAGGUGCAUUAAAAGUGGAAGAGAAUAGCUCUACUGCCUGGGCUUUUUUUUCAAUUAAGUUACCUACUGAGGAAUUGUGGCUGGGCUUUGAUACACAAGUUUCUCUCUCUUCUUGGCCUGAGGAUAAAUUUGUAGGUGAACAAAGACCCCCCAAAAUGAGGAAACCUAAACAGAAUCAAAUGAACACUUCAACACAGCUAAACUGCCGUCGGUCAAAUGAAGGAUUGGUAAAGGAAAACCACCAGGUAACAGUAACUGAGGAGGCUGGUAAUGUAAUAAGCAAUGGUCUAGGGGCAUCUCCAGCUGGUGGAGUGCACUUAGAUUCCCUUGUGGAAGCUGGGGCCACCUUCACACAGUGUUCGAGUGACGGAAAUGUUCCCAGAAAUAAUAGUGCACCAAUUACAUCAAAGAGGAAAAGAUGCAGAAGAAUUGUCAACUUGGCACCAAAGUUCGAUCUACCAAGACAGAUUGCUGGUAGUACAGAGGGAGGGAAGGAAGUCCCAAGAAAAGACGAUGUGCCCUCAAAAAGAGUUUCAGAAGUGAAGCCAAAGAACUUUCUAAGCGAGGAUUGUGCAGAGGAACAUGAGCAGAACUGUGCAUUGCAGGAAGAUUCUGCAGCUUUGAGUGGCACCAAGGCAACACAUUCUUUACCCAUUCCGGAUACAGAUGCUUUGUUAUAUGAUAUUUCUUACAUUCAAUUGGGACAAUCAUCUCCAAUGCCAAAAUAUUCCUGCAGGUUUUGUGUAGUUUCCAGGAUGAAGAAGGAGCAAGCUAGAACUCUUAAGCAACAAAAGGUCAUUGAUAAAAAAGAGGGUGAGAGUGAACAAGUUUCUUCAGAGGUUACAAAUAGGCAACCAGAUAUUUUGUCUUCCGUUAAAGCUGUUUCUGAAUAUCCAGAAGAUUCUAAUAUAUUGGCAAGCUGCAGUGAGGAUGUGCAUGAAGCAGAUGACCCUGGGGCAGCAGAGGCCUCACGACUUGAAGAUAAUCAAGAUGUGAAUGUAAAAUGUAGUUUUCUGGGACUUCCCUUAUCAUUAGGAUUUGCUUUUCAACUUGUUCAGCUCUUUGGUUCUCCAGGUCUUCCACUGGAAUCCUUGUUGCCAGAUGAUUAUAUAGUUCCUCUUGACUGGAAGGUUUCAAAGAUGAUCUAUUUACUGUGGAAGACCUCUGUGGAGGAGAAACAAAAAACAAAUGGAUCACAGAAUGGAAACACCGUGGCUGAAACGUCUCACUUCGAUUCCACCAUGGAAGGACUUCAGUUGGCCACCAACGAUUUUAAAUGGGAAGAGUCUCGGAAACUUCAGAUCCAAACCCACCCUCCGCUGAGGGACGGGAGGUUCCGCCCGCUCGCCCGUCCAAGCGCAGAACGAGCCCUAGGGUCGCUGAGGGCCGGAUCCCCAGCUCCCGCCGCUCUCCCGGAGCCGGGACCGGGCUCCGGAGCGGCCGCCCCGGGUCCCCCCUCCCGCCCCGCCGCUCCGGGCCGGGCCCGGCCGCUGCCACCACCCGCUCCCCGCCGGGGCCGCCCCGACCCGGCCCCUGGGCCGCGGGGAUGGAUGAGCAGCUGCUCCGCGCCCUGGGGGCGCUCAGCCUGCAGCCCCCGCGGGGCCGCUUCGGCGGGAGACUGGUGCUGCUGCGGGGGCUGCCGGGCUCCGGGAAGAGCACCCUGGCCAGCACGCAAGGCAAUGAAGAAUGGGAAAAGCCCCGUUAUUAUUGAUAAUACCAACAUCCAUGCUUGGGAAAUGAAGCCGUACGUGAUGAUGGCACGUGAAAAUAGAUAUGAAGUUGUAUUCCAAGAACCAGAUACACCCUGGAAGUUCAAUGUUCGAGAACUGACAAGAAGAAAUACUCAUCAUGUCCCUCGAGAAACAAUACAACGGAUGAAAGAACAAUACGAGCACAAUGUUACCUUCCACAGUGUUCUUCACUCUGAAAAACCAAGCAGGGAUGAGAGAAGCUCCAAUGGACCAAAUCCAUCCUACAGCACGGGUGCCCAUUCCAACCACCAUCCAGCCUUCUCGACCAGAAGAGCUCACGUGACACGUACAAACCACAUGCCAUUUCAGUGAGGAGGUCGAUUCCCUGGCGUGUUUUAAUUAUCAGGGUAUAAAAGUCUCUAGUUUUACAUGUGUUUUAUUCUAAACUGUUUUUUAUUCUUGUAUUUUUUCUACUACUUUUGUAAGUUACUUUUAUUUCUUACAAAUUUUAAAUGUCACUGGAAUGAUCUCACAGCUCUACAUGACUGAUUUAAUGGCGCUCUCCCCAGUACAAACUGUGCUCCCUCUCAUCUCUCUUCCUCCAUGAAAGUCCAUUCAAGCUUAGGGUGGCAUUUACUGGCUGUGCCACAUGCUUUUUGAUUGUUUAUUUUCUGCAUCACGUUCUGUCAGUAAUAGAUGACAAUACAUAUUCUUAAAUUCUUUCUUUCCUACUGGCCAUGUGGCUAAUACCUUUUUCAUGCUGCUGUCAUUUCUUGCCAUUGUAAUGCUUUAUCUCUGGCUGUACAGACCUGUGUAUUGUCCCACUCCCUCUUGCCUAAAGCAUUACUGCGUCUUUAAGAGAGGCAGCGCGAAUGGUGGAAAAGGUGACAGAUUGUAGCAUGACUGGAUGCUGCUCCCCAUCUACACCUCUGCUGCCUGGAUUCACACUGCUCUUACUUCAGCUUUGUCUCAGCCAAACAGCUUCUCCAGCCUGUAGGUGAAACAGUUUCACACACCAAACCUUUAAUUUUGCCAAGACAUAGGAAUUCCACUGAUCUUGAGACAAGUGCAUAUACAGAGGCUCCUAUAAGAAAACAUUAGUGUUAGGCUCGUCAAUGUCUAAGUAGGAACAGGGCUACAGGAGCAGCUCUGAAUAGCUGAAGCAUCGGGCCACCAAAUACCCAAACUAACUCAGAAGCACAAAACAAUGACCUAAAAAAGUGGGGAAAAAAAUGUUAUUGUAAGACGAGAAAUCAACUCCUUCCACCACUAAGUGUUGAGAAGCCAUUGACUGAUGGAUGAGUGAGAAAAUAAGCCGUCCUGCAGUAGUUUUAUCUAUAUUGUAAAAUUCUGCUCAUUAUGUCCUCAUCAGGAAGCCUUGUGAAACAUUUUUAAAACUCAGCAUUUGUGAUGGCAAUUUUUUUUUAAAUAGGUGCAGAUUAUCUGUUAGGGGUUACCAAACAGGGCACUGGUGUGCUAUUUUGCAGUAGGAAGUGAAGACAGCUCACAUUGGACAUUGAGAAAUAUGGAUACGGCUGUGAUUCAUCCAGCACUUCAGCAGACAGACAAGUAUUAAAGGUAUAAAGAAAUACGCUGUUGCUGUGCAAAAGCCAAGCUGUCUGCAGGACACGGGUGAUGUAUGAGAUGAAUUGCAUUUGUACUCCAGCUGCAUUUAAAGAAAUAGUAUCAUCACUGUGAAUAACUGUGAGCUAGGGGGCCUGGGAGCCCGGCUCUGCAGUGCUGCAGAGAGGUUUACAGGGUUGUGUCAGCCCCUGAGUUCUCCAGCCCUGCUACAACGUCCAGUCCCCAGUUCAGCACCAGAGCCCAGUGCCAGGCAGAGGACCCCUGAGAAGAUGUUGCGUGGGAGCUGGUGGGCUCUGUUCUGAAACAUCUUCCCUCCUUUGGCCCGUGCAUGGUGGGAAGCUGCAGGGCAAGCGUCGGUCUGGCAACAGGCUACCUAAAACAUGGAGCCAGUCCGGUGGGACUGUUUCCCUCUCCAGUGGAGAAACUCCAAUGCUGAGAAGCUUCACCUGUUGAAAUUAGUGAGAACAAAGUAAUGAAUUCAAGUACUGACUCACUCUCAGCAGAAAGAUCCAGUGCGAAAACAAAGAUCUGAUUAUCUUUCAUGACACUGUGGCCUCAAGUGCUUCUCUAAAGAAGUAGGAGCUCAGAAACAUUAACCAAGAAUCUACCAUUAAUACCUUUGUAUGGCAUUUUGCUAUGAAACAAAUAAUCACAGCUCUCCUCUAAACCUCUUUUAGCACUAUAUGGAAAACUUGAGGGGAAAAGUACAAUAACUGUGGCAGAAUUACAGAGAAAUAGUUCAGAUUAAAGUGUUAUGUUUGGUAACAAACUUGGAGAAUUGUUUAUUUUGCCCUGUGCCACUUCUGACCGCCAAACAACUAUUCUAAUACUGCAGAGGGUAACAAAGCUGAUUGCUUCAGGCUGAGACAAAGAUCCUGCUGUAAUUUAAGAAUCCAUCAGAAUCAAAGCAAUGGCUAACAAAGCGUCAUCAAACCUUCAGCUACACUGAUGCUAUUGUACAAUACAGGGUUGUGUGAGAAAUGUAUGAUUACUCCAAAUUAUUUUGCAAAUGAAAUGUCAUGAAAGGACCUGACUAUUUGUUUUUGUAAUAUAGCUUUAUUAAGUGCAAUCACAAUUUAAUGUACAAAGUGUAAAAAUAAUUUUAAUUUGAAAUAUAUACAAUACUGUA